UUGUGUUAACCUAUUCCCGGAAAUGAUAAUUUUAUUAAUUAGGGCUUUUAAUGUGUGUUGAAUUAUAGAGUCAUUACCGUGUUUUUCAAAUAUUUCUUUCAAGUGCUUGUUGAACGUGCUGGAGACGAUGAGAACGGCUGUAAACAACAACCAGAUGGUGCGAGAGCAUCUACGAAAGUCCAAAAUAAGGCUGAAGAUCGAGAGCAUCAUGUAUAGGCCAUUGUCUAAUGCCAGUGAAAUCAAACGGGCGUGCAGUGAUAUACUAACAAAGCUCCAGCAUUCCUUUGAGAUGACUGGAUCCGGACAGAAGAAAAUCCUAGUUCCUAAGAUUGACCCAAACCACAAACUGUCACCAUUACUGGAAAAAGACGGCCUUCCAAGGCUUUCUCCGAAAACUCUUUGGUCACAAAGCAAGAAGUCGAUCACUUUAUCAAUACAGCUCAGGGAUGUGCGCAAUGAAAUAGUGAAUAUUACUGAGAAAAGACUAAAGUUCAGCUGUUCUACAACUGGUUCUUUUUACGAAUUGGAUCUCGAACUCUACGCCGCUGUAGACCCAGAGCGGAGCCAUUGGCGAAUCCUUGGUGGGGAAGUCCUUGUGACUCUCGUAAAGGCUGAAGAAUUAUCUUGGCCAAGAUUGUUGUUAUCGUCUCUCAAGCCUCCAUACCUUCAUAUUGAUUUCUCAAGAUGGCAAGCCGAUGGGGAGGAGCGACACGGUUUCUUGCCCGAAAGCCUUCUAACAAAGCAAGAUGGGUCGUCCAAUUUGACAGGGUGCGUUCCUGAUUCGUAUUACAGUGACACAGAUUCGUCAGACGAUGAGGAUAGCAGUGAUGAAACGAUUUAUGACGACUUCGGUUCCCUGCAAUGAUAAUCUUUUGCACUGUGUAUAUAGUCACAUUCAUGCAGCCAGCUAGCGACCAACCAUGGUACGUAAGAAAAUAUGUGCGUCUGGGAAACAGUAAUUUUCAUUGCCAAGUGCAAGUGAAUGAGUAACUAAAGGCUGCAUUCAGCUGUAAAGAGAGAAAACCCUCGUAUAUGUUGAUAUUGUCCAAGCAAUCUCUUUUCGGAUGCUAGAAAUGCUCAGUUGCGAGCCCAAGCGUCGAAUUUGCCGUACAGAGAUGGAACGCUUGUUCUACAUUUAUGAUUUCCAAUAACAGUAUUUGCUUUGAUGAAAAAUCGAACCAGUGAGUGAAUCAUUUAGCUAGACUUACUACAUUUCAAGAUAUCCAAAGCAUGCAUUUUAUAUAUGUUUUCUAUCGAAUUUAUACACAUCUUUUCGCAAAAUUUAAAUUCUCGUUCAAGAAAGUCAGAAGCAGAUUGGAAGAGGCUGAAAUUUGCGAUUUUACGCUCUAUCAACUUUGAGAAUUGGAGACGAGGCAGCCUCAUUUCCAAAAAUCCAAGAUUCCCCUUACAUAAAUGCUGUAACGUUUACGUCUUUUUAUGUAUUCUGGAAAAAUUUUUGAUAGAAUUUGUAAUAUAUGUAAACGUGCAUAGAUUAUUUGUUUUUGGUAAUCAUAGAUUGUUUUGUUCGCUUUGUUUUAUAUUUAUAUGACUGAUUCUGCAGUAAUUACUAAACAAGCUUGGGUGAAUGAUUGAAGGCUCCUUAAGUGAUUCGCUUUGCCUAUACAAUGCAGUUGCUUUUAAGAUAUGCUUAUUUACUUACUUCGCACAGUCAUCCAUCCCUCUUGAAAUUUGACUGACAAAAGCAGGAAAAAGUGCCCUCGAUUUAAGUUCUAUCUUAUUUACAGCUAAGCAACAAAAAUGGGUCAUAAUUUUCGGAGCCCCUCUAAGCUCAAAGUCUGGUGCAGCCUACCCGUCCUGCCUUCUGCCCAAAAAUCCACCUUUUUCAUAUCGGUGAGCCCAGGAUCUUUCCUUUCUUUCUCAAGCUUGUUGUAAAAGCAGUUUGGAUUAAAGGAGUUUGUAUCUGUUCAAUGAUUACGGAGUUUGUGCAUUGUUUACAGCAGUAAUUUUUGUAACAUAUACUGUGUUGGAAUAUAAAUCUGUUGUAUUUUCGUUAUAAAUACCAAUUAUGUUGUCUUUGCCAAUAAAUUGAUCACUUAUCAAAGAGUCUAGCUGAGUUAGUCUGGCUGGAUUUCGA